AGUCAAAAUCCUAUAAAUUUCCACCUCAAAUUUCUACAAGGGCCGGCUUCGACUCACUGACUGUAAAGUCUACCGAAGCCUUCUUCUUCUUCUUAAGCUUCUUUGCUUCCAAUCGGAGCUCCGAUCAGAUCAGAUCAGAUAAGAAGAUUGAUGGGAAGAUCUCCUUGCUGCGAAAAAGCUCACACCAACAAAGGAGCAUGGACCAAAGAAGAAGACGAUCGUCUAAUCUCCUACAUUAGGGCUCACGGCGAAGGCUGUUGGCGAUCUCUUCCCAAAUCCGCCGGUCUCCUCCGCUGCGGCAAGAGUUGUCGUCUCCGAUGGAUCAAUUACCUCCGUCCCGACCUCAAACGCGGCAAUUUCACCGAAGACGAAGACGAACUCAUCAUCAAAUUGCAUAGUGUCCUUGGCAACAAAUGGUCUCUUAUUGCCGGAAGAUUGCCGGGAAGAACAGACAAUGAGAUUAAGAAUUACUGGAAUACCCACAUAAGAAGGAAGCUUCUUAACAGAGGUAUUGACCCAGUUAGUCACCGAUCCAUAAAUGACUCAUCUUCGUCGGCGCCGGAAGUCAUGAUUUCCAAUACCACCACCACCACUACCAUAUCAUUUGCAAACCCAAUAAUUACAACCAAAGAAGAACAAGUAGAAGUAGUAGAAGAAGAACAAGAAGACAUAAAAGUACUACCGAUGAUGAAGAAUAGAGAAAUUAAGUGCCCUGAUUUGAACCUGGACCUUAGUAUGAGCCCACCGGCGGCGGUGGCGGCAGUAGUAAAUCAUGAUCAGAAGAAGAUCUCAUCAGUUAUAAAGGUGGGUAGUAUGGGUUUAUGCUUUUCAUGCAGUUUGGGGAUAAUGAAAAGCAAGGAUUGCACUUGUAACAGCAACAGCAAUAGCAAUAAUAAUAAUAAUGCUUAUGAUUUCUUGGGUUUGAGAACUACAAAUCAUGUAGUGUUGGAUUACAGAAGCUUGGAGAUGAAGUUCUAGAUCUUCUCAAUCCAUAAAUUAAUUUCUUGAUCUGUAUUAUCAUCAUUAUCAUCAUCAUCGUCUAUUAAUAGAUGAGAAAUUAGUAAUAAUUAAUUUCAUGAUCUGUAUCAUCAUAUCCAUUUUUGGAAAACUAGUAGAGAUUGAUCAGUUUGAUCAUGAACCUGCAUAGAUAGAUUAAUUAAUUGUCUUUA